AACUUAAGAACAUGUGUGCAUAUUUUUUUGUCUCGCUAACUCCAUGCUCCAAUAAUCUAGGCCACAGUGAUGCCUUUACAGAUUCUGCACAGUGUGAAUGUUUGCUUAGGAGAAGUCAGUUUUUGAACCCCAUUGAGUCACGUGACCGUACUUGCUAACUGUUACCUGUCCAGGUUGCCAGAUUAAGCAAAAUCCUCUUUACCAGACUACAGAAUACAGAAAAUAUACGGGCUGCUGGACACCAUUUAGUCUGCUAUACCACAAGCUAUUACAAUGAUAGCUUUAGAGUUUGUAUAAUAUUACAGAAAUUCUCUCCACAAUUCCACAUCCAGUCAUUUUAAGCCCAGUGUGAGCAAGUCAUUUCUGUUGUGGGUCUAAUCAUGGUUGUAAAUAUUGUGCUACACAACACUGUGGAUUAAUAAAUAUAUAGUAAAUAAUACAUAAUGUAGAUAUUAAGGUUGGGUCACUGGAGGACUAGUGGUUAGGCCACAGUGUUCUCACCGCUGUGGCCUGGGUUUGAUUCCCGGCCGGGGAACCAGCCCCAGCCACUGCGGUUGCAUGCAACAGUGAGCUCUCAGUGCCGGUCCCAAGCACGGAUAAAAAUUGGGGAGGGUUGCAUCAAGGAGGGCAUCCGGCGUAAAAACUGUGUCAAAUCAAAUACGCGGAUCAAUGAUCCACUGUUGGCGACCCCUCACGGGAGCAGCCGAAAGAGGAACAAUGACAAUGUAGAUAUUAAGGUUGGAAUGUUAAAUUUCAUCUGUAUUGCAUAAAUACACUGUAUGACCAAAGUUUUGUGGACACCUGACCAUCACACACAUAUUGCCACAAAGUUGGAAGCACAUGAUUGUCUAGAAUGUCUUUGUAUGCUGUGGCAUUACAAUUUCCCUUCACUGGAACUCAAAUCUGUUCCAGCAUGACAAUGCCCCUAUGCACAAAGCGAGCUCCAUGAAGACAUGGUGUGUGAAGGUUGGAGUGGAAGAACUCGAGUGUCCUGCACAGAGCCCUGACCUCAACCCCACUGAACACCUUUGAGAUGAACUGGAAUACCGACUGCACCCCAGACCUCCUCAAUCUACUGUAACAUCAGUGCCUGAUCUCACUAAUGCUCUUGUAGCUGAAUGAACACAAAUCCCCACAGCCACGCUCCAACAUCUAGUGGAAAGCUUCCCAGAAGAGUGGAGCUUAUUAUAACAGCAAAGGGGAAUAAAUCUGGAAUGGGAUGUUCAAAUAUAUGAAGCACAUAUGGUUGCGAUGGUCAGGUGUCUGCAAUACUUUGGCCAUAUUUUGAAGCUGUUUGUUUUUCCAUGUCACUCUGAAACACUGUUGAGUCUACCAAUCUGGCAACCCCGUGAUAACCGUGGGGGAAAAUUCAAAGUUAUGUGGUGGAACGCACUGUAAGAAGGUUAAUAACACACCAUAGGUGUGACCACAUGCAUAUAAAGUAAUGACCAGAAUCUGUUUGGAAACUUGUAGGAAAUUUUGACACGCUAAUAUUUUGGGGUAUUUAUUAAUGGCUCUGUCUCAGAUUCAGUGUCUAAACGAGCACCAUGUUAAUUUACGCACUAAUGAGUCCAAGCCGGAGUUCCUGUACAGUGAGGAGCAGAGGCUGGCGCUGGAGAUGCUGCUGGAUGAAGGUCCGGACUGCUUUCAGAAGUUCAUCAAGACCUACCGGAUCAGGCCAUUUUUGUCGGACCUGGAGCUCGCGCAGCUGUCCGCGUCUGUGGAACCCUAUCGCCCGGAUUUACCCGAUUACCCAGCCGGCUUUGAUGGGGACAGUAAAGAGGCGCGUCUGUCCCUGCAGUACUGGCCAGAGUGCUCUGAGGACACGCUCCCGCAGCUGGAGCUCGGCUGGCCUCAGUGCGCGAGCUACCGUGGAGUGACCCGCGUCACCGUGCACGCGCAGCCGCCCCUCCACGGUGACGCGCAUAUUAAAGAGAUCAUCAGGAGAACCAUAGCACAGGCACAGAAGGUCAUUGCUGUGGUCAUGGAUUUGUUUACAGAUGUGGACAUCUUUCAAGAUCUCUUGCAUGCAAGCUUCAAGCGUAAUGUGGCUGUAUACAUCAUAUUGGAGGUUACUGGGGUUCCACACUUCCUGAAAAUGUGUGAGAGUGCCUCAAUGCACACAGGACAUCUCAAGAACUUGAGAGUGCGGAGUAUCAGAGGAACUGGCUUUUACACUCACUCGUCCAAGAAAGUAGGUGGGACCCAAAGUCAAAAAUUCAUGUUUGUUGAUGGAGACAAAGCCGUUUCAGGAUCAUACAGUUUCACAUGGACUGCCUCGAGAUUAGACAGGAGCAUCAUUACUGUGCUCACAGGCCAGGCUGUGGAAUUAUUUGACCAGCUGUUCCAAGACCUGUAUAUGAUGUCUAAUGCCGUUAACUUGAACAAGAUUAAGAUGGAGAAAGAACAAAAGCUAGAACCCAUCUCUAAACCAGUACCUGCUCUGCCGCGCUCAACCACCAUUGCCCUCAAACUCAUCAACCCCAAAUAUUCUCUGGUCUCUUGUAAUGCUACUGCCAACAGCAAUCAUGUGGAUUCUGCGAGGUGCACAGCCAACAGCAACAGCAUUAAACAAAUGAAGGAAGUGCCAGAUGGUCCUCGCAUUCACCCUGGACUGCUCCACCUAGAAAAAGCCAACAUGAUCGACUACCUGCCUGUUUGGCCUGAGCCAGAUCCACCACGUGAUGUGAUUGGCUUCAUAAAUAUAAGGGACUGUAGUAAACCCAUACAAGCUCACCCCACGCGUUCAGAGCUCUUUGAGGUCUCACAAGCCAUCCGAUUUAAAGACCCCAUCCACGUGCCACAAGAGUCUCUGUCUGAGAAGGAUUGUCCAAGGCCCACCUCUCCAGCUGAUGAUUCAGCCAAUGAGCAGCCACUUAUGCAACCCCAAACUACACAGGAGGAAAAUAACAAGCAUUGCAAUUCUCCUCAGAAGAUACAUCCACCUAGCAGUCUGAAUGAACAGGUUGUGUGUCUGUCCCCUACUCUAAAUCCUAAACCAGGUCACAGUAGCAAGAAGGAUGAGAAAGACUCACCUGUGGAUCAUGGUAUGGAAAAGCAAGCUGACAUCUUAUCUAAGCAGAGAGAAGAAAUGGAUGCUGAGAAUAUUAUAGCCAGCACUAGUGCUGAGUCAUGUAAAGAUUCUCAAAUAUCAGAGGAUCCACAGAUUGAUAAUAUAACACCAUAUUACAGUGUUGGAUCUAAUACAGUAACAACUCAUACUUCAGUUACACAACCUGAAACUACAUCAGACAAACAAAGCUGUGAGGAUAUUGCAGAGAGCACCAGUGAUAAAGAUAUCCACGACAAUCAGUGGAGCACACAUAAACUCAUAGAGCCAGAUACAAAUGAGACAGAUCAUGCAGACUCUCCAAUACAUAGUGAAGAGAGUACCUAUUCUGACUCCAGUUCUUGUUUUUCAGCAGAGGAGAACUUUGAGUGCGGAGAGCGUGUGAUUGUUGAUUCUGAGAUUGUAGGGUUGGUUAACAGGAUGCCACUUGUCUCCAUGUACCCAGAUGAGCCAAACACUGUUGGCUCGUCCUCGUCCUCGUCCUCCUCCUCAUUAAUGUCUGGCUCAUGUAAGAUUGCAUCAAGCCACGAAGUCAUGAAAGAAACAGAAGAGUCUAGGCUCCAGUCUGCAUCACCAGGAGAGUGUGAUGGCCAACACUUAACUGGUAUGAGAACUGACAUCUCCUCUGAUUUGGAGUUCACAUCAAUGAAUGGAGGAAAUGGUUUGUCUGAAUCGGUUUCUCUAGCCAAUCAACAGCAAGUACAGGAAACAGAUUCUCCCUCACAACAAGGAACAGAGAACAAACCACUACGUCAGGUUAAGACUGAUGCACAAGAGGCACCUGAUGAAAAUACAGAAUGCCUACAGGAGUGUGAAUCGUAUUCAGUAGUAAAUCAUAUAUUUGAGCUACAACCUGUAGAAGAGAGCGACAGUGCCGAAUCACAGCUAUCAGAAAACACAUCAUUGCUGCAGGACGAAGUAGCUGUGCCUAUGUGCUGUGCUUAUGUGCCAGUGCUGAAAACUGCGGAGGCGCAGUGCAUCGUGUUUUCUGACACAGCCAACGAAGUGCCACUGCUGAGAUUAAAGCCAGAAAGUUGCUCAGGAUUCACUUACACAUCUAACCUCAAAUCUGUGCUUGAAGUGAAUGAAGACACACACUCGACACCACAGUCAAAACCAGCUUCUUUAAACAAUGACUUCCAGAAAGGCCCGGAUACUGAAAGAAGUCAUGAAGAAGCUUGCAAAUUGCCUUUUCAAAUUAAACCGUUGAUUGCAGGGGAGUCAAACCUUGAGCAGGCCACAGAGGUCAAAGACACGGACAGCUCCAAUUCAGAACCAAAGGAGAGUGCAACAGCCCAAAUUGUGGACAAAGCACAGCAGCUAAAACUAAAGACAUUGACUGGCAUUAAGAUUGGACAGUUCAGUGUUGAUAUCUAUCCUCUGAAAAGGAUGACACUGGAGCAUAUGUGUGUGCAGCAAGAGAAUAAGAACCAGUCUGAAGAAAAACCCAAGUUAGAGAGAAAUUUCAGGAAGCUACAUCAGGUCUCACCUCAACCAAACCCUAUUCCGACAUGUGAAGUCAAACUCAGUUUAACCAAAGCAUCUGUCACCAAACUCCACAGCAUUGAGCAUCAUACUACAUCUGCUGUAUCCACUCCGGGAGCUCAGAAUUAUCCACCUGGAAGGCAGUUGGGCCAAAACAAGGCUGCUAAUGAUCUUCAUGCAAGUCCUGCCAAGCUUCCCAGGAGACAUGCAGCUCCCAUCAGGUCAAACCAAACUCAGCUCAGACCCUUGCAGACGGAGCUCUCAGCAGACCAUCACAAUUCUUCUCCAGAACAGCCUUAGGCUCAACAGGAUAGAAUGAGGGUCAACCAAUUAGACCAGUCAAGCUUCAGGCAGCGUUCUGUGUCAACCACAGAUGAUAGGUCUUCUUUUAGAGAAACACCAUUUCCAAAAACCUUGAAAGAGAGAAUUACUAGCUCCUCUUCUCAAACUAAUCAGAAUAAGACUCAGAGUAUUAAAGAGAAAGAUAAAAAGUGAUUGAAUGAUGCAGGUGCUUUUGAAAUGUUUUCUUCAUAUAGCUUUAUAUCUUUUAUCUGGAAUCUGGAUGUUGAAUGUAGAUGUACUGUAUAUACAUAGAGUAUAGGUAUAUAUCUGUUUCUAAGGAUGUGACACGGGCAAACUAUUUAUGAAGUUCAUUGCUUCAUGCUUACCUCAGUGAAUUACUCCUGGAAUCUUUCCCUCCAGCUGUGAGACAGCAACCAAAACAGGUUUUCACAGCGCCUCCAGUCUUUAAAUUUAACACCGUUUAUGCAAAUCACAAAGAGGUUUUAUAUAUGUAUAUAUUUAUCCAUUUACUUUCAUAAACAGCCAGGAGUCUGAUUAAAUAAUUCUACUAAAUUGAAAGAAAUUACACCAAAAUUCCAGUUUUUUUCCUGGACAGCCAGAGAUUCAGCAGAUUCAAAAGAUCAAAUGCUGUAGUCUCAAAAAAAUAAAUAAAUAAAUAAAUUGAUGGUGGUGAUUAAGAUCAGUAUGAACUGGGAAAGAUGUUUUUUUUUGUUUUUUUUUAAUAAGCCCUUGUGACUACAUAAAUCACAAACAAAAGGAAGGAAGCAGACAAGUUUAAAUGUUGAAAUAUUAAAGUUUUGUAAUGAUGUAGUUUAAAAUACUGUAUGUGGGAAGAGCAUUAUUAACAGUAUUAACAGUAUUUGUUGAUAACAGUCCUUUACUUUGACAGGUCUGUUUGAAAUAUAUUUACAAACUCUUAAUUUAACACACGAAAUGAUUACGGUUUGUAAUGCUCUACAUUUUAACUGGAAAAGCAAAUUAAGAGGAUGGGCUCAGGAACUCUUAUGAAUGCCUAGUUAUUGCCUUUUACAAAAAUGGUGUAUCAUACGCUGAUGACUUGAAAAACCACCUAAUAAAUGUAUGAUAGUACAGCGUCGUGUGGUGUGCCUGAGGCCGUGGGUGGUGCAAUAACCCAAAAUAUAACUCAGACAAUCUUUGUGCUGACAACACAUUUCUCCUAGCAGUGGAAAAUGCUAAAAAUUAAAAAAAGAAAAGGCAGAAUUCAUGUUUUUAGGCUCUAUUUUGAGACUUAUCAAUUCAGACAUACCGCCUGUAUGGUCUGGACAAGCUUUAAGCUUACACAGCAAGCAAAUGUGUCAUAUCAGCAGCAGGACGCAAGCUGUAGCUGUAACGGCAAUUGUGCCUGCUAGAGUUGCGAUCAAGAGCAAUGGAGAAAGACAGAAAGUACAUCAAGGGCAAAAGUGUGUUUCAUCUUAGCACUUAAGAUACUGACUGGCCUGAAAUUGUACAACAGAAUAUAGUAUAUGCUGUUAAUUGAUCUAAAUGCUUUCAGUUGCUUUCUAAAUGGCAUCACGGCCUGUAAUAAUUCCCAUGUUAUGAAUAUUGAUAACACCAUACCUGGACAUAACAAAACAACUUUUCCUCCACUUCUUAAUGUCAGCAUGAAAUCGGUAAGUGGCAGUACACGCUUACUUACCGGCCAAAAUUUGUUAUCAGUUUAUUUUCAUAUAUUUCUAGUGAAGCAAUCAAAAUACUUGUGCUUCCCUUUCUUUCUUUCUUUCUUUCUUUGGAUGAGGAAGAGGAAUAAAUACCAGACAGCUUUGGUACUUCCUCAUGAAACUGGGUGCAAGUGCAAGCCACGCUGUAUGUUCUGUUAGUAGCACAAAGCCUAAAAUAUAGGGCUUCGGUGAAGGGGUGUUUUUUUUUUUUUUUUGCAUACAGAUAAAAUCUGGGUUGAAAUGUUACGUACUGACAUACAAAAAGUAUCAGUUGCACAGUUUUUUAAAUGUAUAAUCCCUACACCCUUGCCUGGUUUUUAUUACUGUUACAAAUUUGUAGAAACAUCCUGCUACACAUCUACCAAAACAGAAUGGCACAAUAUGUGGAUAUGGCACCAAUCCCACAAUCAUAUCAGCUUCUCCACUGUGCCUGGAAGGAUUUAAAUACAGAAGAAUGAGGGACUCACACCCUUUUCCUGAAACAGAUUCGUACGCUAACCGUGGCACACAAGUUCCAGCAGUCACACAGCUACCAGCAUGAGCACUACAGAGCUGCUGAAUGCUUAAAAUAGAUGUAGAAUGCACUAAGCCAUUCGACCAAUAAUCAUAAGACAC